AAAGACGGAACAAAUCCAAAAUUCGUCCCGCCGGUUAAGAACACCAACCAGCCCUAUAGUCCCUGCCAACAUUUUUAGCUUCACGUCGAUCGACUCCGCCGCCUGCUUCUACUUUCCCGGUGUACCGGAAAUGGUCAUAAGCCUUUUGGAGUAACUAUUAAAAUAGAAAGAAGUUACACGAGGGAUAAAAAGAUUCUUUUGUUGAGAGUUAUUUAGUCCAUCCAGUCAUGGACGAAUACAAAAGAAAUUUUCUCAAGCAACGCUCUAACCCCCAAUUCAAGAGGAAGGGAGGCGCUAAAAAUGCAAAGGGGAAUUAUGCUGGUCAUGAACGGUCAUCUGAAAGUUCUCGAAGUUCAGAUACUACCUAUUGUAUACUUUGUCAAUCCAAAAAAAUUGGUAGUGUAAUUGGAAAAGGUGGUAGCAUAAUCAAAGCCCUGAGAGAGGAAACUCAAGCAAAGAUUAGGGUUGCUGACAGUGUGCCUGGUUCUGAUGAUAGACUAAUAAUUAUCUCUAGUCCCUCUACAAAGCUAGCUAGGAGACAAAACACUGACAACAACAAUGAAAAUCCAGAAUUAAAGGAAGAAAAUGGUAGCAUGGAGCCACAUUGUGCUGCGCAAGAUGCUCUGUUAAAAGUUCACAAUAGGAUUGUUGAAGAAGACUUGCAUGAAGCACAAGAUGAGGAUAAGAAUGAAAUUGUAAUCAUCACGCGUCUACUUGUUCCAAACAAUUUGGUUGGAUGCCUUUUAGGAAGAAAAGGCGAUGUUAUUCAGAAAUUACGAAGUGAGACUGGGGCAAGCAUUCGUGUUCAAUCUGCUGAGCAUCUUCCAGCUUGUGCUAUGACCACUGAUGAAUUGGUCCAAAUAUCAGGUAAACCUGCUUUGGUAAGAAAAGCCUUGUAUGAAGUAUCAACUCUGUUGCAUCAGAAUCCACGCAAAGAAAAACCUACCUCGAGUUUUCCCAUGGUACAUGGUGCUCAAGGUUUUCACCCCCCUGGUCCUCCCAUGGAAAAUAUGAUUCCUCCAGGAAAAUCAAUGUGGUCUCGAAGUAGAUCUAAUUUAAAUGGUAUGCCGCCUGUGUUAGGGAUGGGAGGGUAUAGGAACCAGCUUUCUGGAUUUGGUCGUCCAGAUUUUGAUUAUGAUCCUCUCCCUUGUGCUGGUGAAGCUCCAAGUGAUUUCACCAUGAAAAUUCUGUGUUCAGCUGCAAAAAUUGGUGGCGUUAUAGGCAAGGGGGGUUUCAAUGUAAAACAACUGCAGCAGGAAACAGGAGCAAGUAUACAUGUUGAGGAUGUCGUACCCGAAUCUGAUGAAAGAGUUAUUCAUGUCUCCUCUUUGGAGUCUCUGUGGGAUCCCAGAUCACAAACUAUUGAUGCCAUACUUCAACUUCAAAGUAAAACAAGUGAAUUUUCUGACAAAGGAAUUAUCACUACAAGGCUUCUUGUUCCCUCAAAUAAGGUUGGAUGCAUUCUUGGUCAAGGAGGACAGGUUAUCAAUGAGAUGAGGAGGAGGACACAGGCAGAUAUUCGUGUUAUUUCCAAGGAUGAUAAACCCAGAUGCGCAUCUGCAGAUGAAGAACUUGUGCAGAUAUCUGGAAGCUUUGGUGUUGCAAAAGAUGCCUUGGUUGAAAUUGCUUCUAGGCUUAGAGCAAGAUCCCUUAGGGAUGUAAAUAGCAAGGCGGAAUCUGCUCCUGUUAGGCCACUUUCUGGAUUUGGUCCUUCAGAGGAUUUCCGAAGUGGAGAUCCACAACGUUCAGGUGUGAUGGAAGCUGGCAGCUCUAGAAGAUAUGAUCAUUUGAAGGGUGCUGUUCGUGAAUAUGACCAUCCGAGUUAUCCAGAUCUUCCCAUUGCUACUAGAUACCCAAGUAUCAGUAGUCCUCUGGAGGUGAAGUUUCCAGACCAUUCUUUUGGCUCUGCAAAAAGAACAGGAGGGUACAACAUUAAUGAGGUUGCUGGAAGUAGGGCAAGAUUUCAGGAUCCUCGUUCUAUCAAUCCUGGAUUUAUUGAUGAUAUUCGGGGGACUUCGGAUUAUAUGAAUGCUGGGCACAAUGUUUUUCCUGGGUCUUCAGAGAAUUUGAAUGCGGGGCGCCCUACUUUUCAAGGAUAUGGGUCUCCUGCUGGACAGAGCAGCAAUAUUCAGCAAGGCGCUUACCACCAGAGUUAUCCUGCUCAACAAAGUGCAUAUCAAAGUUACACAGCUAAAAGUGGCUAUCCUAGUGGUAGUCCUUCCCAAUUGCCUUACCAAAACUAUAAUCCUCAUCAAGCUCCAUAUCAGAGCAUGAACUCACAGCAGCAGCCGCAGCCGCAGCCGCAGCAGCAGUAUCAGCAGCAGCCGUCAUACCAGAACAUGACUGCACAAGGUUCCUACCAUUAUUGAUGCUAGAUACUAAGUUCCUCAAAAUACUUAUGGUAGGUUUUAGUCAGUCUUGUACCCUAAUUUAAUCUCAUGUUGUGCUAUACUUGUUUCUGAAAGUGUUACUAAAAGUAAUUUAACUGCUUGCAUUCUAUGGAACUUCCCCCACCCCCUUAGUGCAUUGGUUAAGAGUAGCGUAUUAUGGUUGGAGAGGUUAAGUAGUUAAAGGUUUGGCAAAUUUUCAGAGAUCUCGCUUCAGUUUAACUCUGUAACAUUUAACUUCCUUGUGGCUUACGGUAAUACACUGAACUCCCUUAUAUAGAUUUCUUUGUAAUGA